UAAUAUUGUUUGGAGGGGAAUACCUGUUGCUUGACAGGUAGGUACCGUAAGUAGAGUCCAGUGCCGAUGCAGCUACACAGCUACAAAAGUUUAGUUUAAUUCGGACACUCAUGAGAGACAAGAUAUUUCUUAAUAUUUUAAAAUGAUGAAUUUGAGCAUUAUAUCUUGCUCAACCCUCUGUUAUUUGGCAGCAGCUGUAAUUUUCGGCGGUGCAUUUUUAUUCAUCUCGGCAAUAAAAUUGUAUUUGUACUUUAGUUUGGGAGUUUGCAAAAGUAAAAAUAAAAUGAAUGGAAAAACUGUUAUAAUAACUGGCUGCACUUCUGGAAUUGGUAAAGAAACAGCCAGAGAUCUUGCUAAGCGUGGUGCUCGUGUUAUUAUGGCGUGCAGAAAUGUUAAGAAUGCCACCGAAUUAAAAGAUGAAUUAGUAAAGGAGACGGAUAAUGAGAAUAUAGUUGUUCGUAAAUUGGAUUUAUCGUCUCUUCAAUCGGUGCGAGAAUUUGCCAAGCAAAUAAAUAAGGAGGAAAAAAGUUUACACGUUUUAAUUCAUAAUGCAGGAACGGCUGAGACAUUCAGAAAAAAAGUCACCGAUGAUGGCCUAGAAAUGACAAUGGCUACUAAUCACUAUGGACCAUUUCUUUUGACCCAUCUUCUGAUUGAUUUACUGAAGAAAUCAGCUCCAAGUCGAAUAAUAGUUGUUGCCUCGGAAUUGUAUAGAAUAUCAACAUUAAAUAUGGACAAUUUGAAUCCAACGACAACACUUCCUGGCUAUUUGUAUUAUGUGUCAAAGUACGCUAAUAUUGUUUUUACAUUGGAAUUGGCAAGACGUCUCGAGGGCAGCGGUGUGACGGCCAAUUGUCUUCAUCCAGGAAUGAUUGACAGUGGAAUUUGGAGAAAUGUUCCAAUUCCAUUGUCAUGGGGACUGGCACUAAUCAUCAAAUCAUUCUUCAAAACUCCAAAGCAAGGAGCUCAAACCUCAAUACACUUGGCAGUGUCGGACGAUGUUGCUAAAGUGUCUGGAAAAUAUUUUCUCGAUUGUCACCAAUCAUCAUUAUCUUUAGGAGUAUCGGAUCCAGCGAAGGGGAAAAAAUUCUGGGAGGCUAGCGAGGAUUUUGUUAAAUUACAAUCAAUCGAUCCAAAGAUUUAAAGAACAAAUCUGCGUAUUUUUUUUAUUCCGCCCAUAAGACUACUACUCAAUAGAUUAUAAUUAGUUCAACUAGACCUUCUUUAUAAUCAUUUCGAAUAAAUUAUAGUUUUUAAGAUGACAAA